CCCACUUUUCUCCUUCUCAAAACAACUCCAAAAAAAAAACUCCAAAUAUCAUUUUGAAAAUAAUCAAGUUGAAUAAAUACAACUAGCGGUUGUUCUUCUAAAUUCAUUCAUAAUCUAAUUUAGAUUCAUUCAUUCGGUUACUAUUUCUGUUCCUUCCAACGUUUCUCUUUCUUCUCUCUUCUUUCUCCCUAGAGAGAGAAAGAAAAAUGGAAGGUUCAGUUCUGUGGCAAGGUUCGGUUCUCGCUGGAAUACUCUUCUGGCUUCUUUCUUCUUCGUAUCUCAAUCUCACUCUCAAGCUUCGAUCUUUCCUUCAACCUUUCGUUACUCACUAUGUUCAAACCGGAACCCCAAUUCUCCUCCAGAUCCAGAGUUACAGAGCUGGAUUCUUUGACGUUCUUUUUUCUGGGUUGUCUUGUGUUGUUUCUGUACCGUUUUACACCGCUUUUCUCCCUUUGUUAUUCUGGAGUGGUCAUGGUCAAUUGGCUAGACAGAUGACGUUGUUGAUGGCGUUUUGUGAUUAUAUAGGGAACUGUAUAAAGGAUGUGGUUUCAGCGCCGAGACCUGCUUCUCCUCCUGUGAGGAGAGUAACUUCUACAAAAGAUGAGGAGGAGAAUGCUUUAGAAUAUGGCCUUCCUUCUUCUCACACACUCAACACUGUUUGCUUAUCAGGCUACCUUUUGCACUAUGUCCUGACUCAUGCUCAAAUUCAAGGUGCCUAUGUUAAUUAUUUUGGAGUAUCCCUUGCUUGCUUGUUCGUGGCACUCGUCGGAUUGGGAAGAAUUUAUCUCGGUAUGCACAGUUUGAUUGAUGUUGUUGCCGGCCUUUUCAUUGGACUCGGAAUCCUUGGACUUUGGCUUACAGUUCAUGAGUACAUAGACAGUUUUGUUGUCUCGGGACAAAAUGUUACAACUUUUUGGGCUGCUUUGAGCUUCCUCUUGCUUUUUGCAUAUCCUACUCCUGAAUUUCCAACUCCAAGUUUUGAGUUUCACACUGCUUUCAAUGGUGUUGCAUUGGGAAUUGUGUCUGGGGUACAGCAAACAUACACUCAAUUUCAUCAUGCUGGGGUUCCGCGGUUAUUCUCUGAACUGACGAUACCCGUAUUCAUAGGAAGAAUGCUCUUGGGAAUACCUACAAUUCUAAUUGUAAAAUUCUGCAGCAAAACUCUUGCAAAAUGGACUAUCCCUGUGGUAGCAAACACAUUGGGCAUCCCAAUAAAGUCAACCACCUAUAUUCCCACAUUGAAUGGAGCUAAGACAGGAGAAAAAUCAAAGGCUUUUGAUGUUGAUACUGGAAUUAGAUUUGUACAAUAUGCAGGCCUUGCAUGGUCCGUGGUCGACUUAGUGCCAUCCAUUUUUGCGUACAUGAACCUCUGACUUUCAGAUUUUGUUAUUAUAUUAAAAUUUUGUACAGCAGGGUCAUUAUAAUGUAUCAUACAAGAACAAUAGAUCAUCGCAAUCCAAUGAAAUUUCAUCUUGGUGAGAAUUCAA